AUUUAGGUUUAAAGUAGAUAAACAUUUUACAAUGUUUUGUGUUAAAUUGAUACCAAAACUUCAUUUAACAACAAAAUGCUACUCCAAGGAACAAAACGUAGCAUUAAAAAUGUUAUCUAUUAUUGGGGAACAAAUUUUUACACGAAAUUUUGGUGAUCAUCAAAUUCCAGACCGGUUAAAAGAUUUACAAACAAAAUCAAAUCCAGAUUUCUUUGAAAUGGUUGAAUUCUAUUAUCAUAAGGCAUGCAAAGCAGCGGAAGAAAAAUUAAUCGGCGAAAUGCGUGAUAAAAUUCCUCUUGAAGAAAAGAAAAAGAAAUUCAAGGGAAUUGUUAUGUUAAUGCAACCUUGUAGAUCCAUAUUAGAGUUAAAUUUUCCUCUUCGUCGUGAUUCAGGCGAUUAUGAAAUCAUUCGAGGCUAUCGCGCUCAGCAUAGCACACAUCGGUUGCCAGCCAAAGGUGGUAUGCGAUUUGAUAGCCAUGUUAAUCGUGAUGAGGUGAUGGCAUUAUCAGCUUUAAUGACAUUUAAGUGUUCUUGUGUGGAUGUACCUUUUGGAGGAGCUAAAGCCGGUAUUGCAAUUGAUCCAAAAUGUUAUUCAGUUCAUGAGUUAGAGCGAGUUACGCGUAGAUUUGCUUUAGAGUUGGCUAAGAAGGGUUACUUAUCACCAGCCUUGGAUGUUCCCGCUCCUGAUAUGGGCACUGGUGAACGAGAAAUGACCUGGUUGGCUGAUACUUAUGAGAAAACUGUAGGCCAUGGAGAUAUUAAUGCUCAUGCUUGUUGCACCGGUAAACCAAUAAAUCAAGGUGGUAUCCACGGUAGAACUGCGGCCACUGGUCGUGGAGUUUUUAACGGAACGACACUGUUUCUUGAAAAUGAAAAAUAUAUGAAUGAAUUAGGCUUAAAACCUGGUUGGGCUGAUAAGACUUUCAUUGUGCAAGGAUUUGGUAAUGUAGGAUUUCAUGGAGCUCGAUACUUUUGUCGUGCAGGAGCUAAAAUGUUAGGUGUUUUGGAGAAAGAUGGUGGGAUUUAUUCCCAAGACGGUAUUGAUCCUAUAAAAUUGGACGAAUAUAAAUUUGCCAAGGGUACAAUAAAAGAUUUUCCAGGAACCGAAGCAGUUGGUGAAGAUUUAUUAUAUAGACAGUGUGAUUUAUUAAUGCCAGCAGCCACUGAAUUAGUUAUUCAUAAAGAAAAUGCAGAUAAACUUCAAUGUAAAAUGGUUAUUGAAGCUGCUAAUGGACCCGUAACACCAGCUGCUGAUGCAAUUUUAAUGGGAAGAAAAAUUUUAACGAUUCCAGAUUUGUACAUAAAUGCAGGUGGUGUCACCGUCUCAUUUUUUGAGUGGUUAAAAAAUUUGAAUCAUGUAUCAUAUGGGCGUUUAACAUUUAAAUACGAAAAAGACUCAAAUUAUCAUUUAUUAAACUCAGUACAAGAGUCACUCGAAAGGCGAUUUUGUAAAGAAGGUGCUGGUAAAAUUCCAAUAACACCAUCAGCAGAAUUCGAAGCUCGAAUUUGUGGUGCAUCAGAAAAAGAUAUUGUUCAUUCUGGAUUGGCCUACACAAUGGAACGUUCCGGUAAAGCUAUUAUUAAAACAGCAGAGGAAUUAAAUUUAGGUUUCGAUCUACGAACAGCUGCAUAUGUUAAUUCUGUUUCAAAAAUUUUCUCAACAUAUUCAGAAGCUGGAUUAGCAUUUUAAAAUGGGAAAUCAACUGUUUUAUGUAAUAAUUGCAAAUAAUUAUCUUCGAUUA